AUGUCAGCAAGCUGCCAAGAUGCGCCUCGUCAACCGCCCGUACACUGGGAAUCACCGGAGAGGCCUUGCUCACGCGUGCACAUCGACUUCGCUGGCCCACUUAACGGAGUCUGCUACCUAAUCUUGGUUGACGCCUACUCGAAGUGGCCAGAGAUUGCUCCGCUGAAUCCAGCAACCGCAUCUGCCACUAUCGCCUUCCCACGACGCAUCUUUAGCCAGCAUGGCUUACCAGAAGGCCUGGUUUCAGAUAAUGGCUCUCAGUUUACCUCGUCGACGUUUGAAGAUUUCUGCCGCCAGCACAACAUCCAGCAUCUUCGCUCCCCGCCCUACCAUCCUCAGUCUAACGGUCAGGCGGAGCUUUUUGUCGACACUUUUAAGAGAGCCCUUUUGAAAGCUCGUGGGGAGGGGACCACGGACGAGAUAGUCCAAGCGUUCCUGUUUUCCUACAAGACAACACCGAACCCGGCGUCCCUGGUGGCGUAUCUCCUGCCGAAGCGUUGA